AUGGAAGUCGAGAUGUCGGCCUCCAGCGACAGCCUUCCGGCUGGGUAUGAAUACAAGACUGAAAGGUUCCCAAAAAACGCCGACCCGCUCAGAGAAGGUAUCAAGAAGUAUGAUCGCGUACACCCGUGCUGUAUGAUCCAAGCUAAUUCUGUCAGACUGUGGCGCUCUAACGACUUGUCCGACCUCACUGUUCGAUGCGGAGGCCGUGAGUGGUCAGUUCACCGAUUCGUGCUGUGUACUCAGUCAAAGUACUUCGAGCGUGCUGUUGAAGGCGGUUUCAAGGAGUCUACAGAGAAACUCAUCGAGCUCCAAGAAGAUGACCCGAAGAUCGUCGGCCUUAUGCUCUCUUGGUUCUACAACCGUUACUACCCUGCCGACUCCGCACAAUCCGACACCACGCCUGACGACUACCUCUCCGAAGCCCAAGUUCAUGCCCGAGUCUUCGCGCUCGGGGAGAAGCACCUACUGUAUGGCCUGAUGGACAAAGCUGUCGACGGUUUUCGAGUGGAGAUAAACGAGUGGUGGAUCACUAUCGGAGUGGCGAAAGGUAUUGUGGAAGUGUACAACAUGACUUCAGAGGCGAGCAACAACCUGCGCGAGCUCGCCGUCAAAAUGGUUUGUACGCACAGAAGGGAUGUCAUGAAUCUGGACAGCGAGUAG